AUGUCCAACUCACACUCUUCUACUAACUUUGAUGAAUUCUUUUCAGAAAACAAUUUUUAUUCAGCACCAACCAAUGAUAGCUCCAAUCAUAUCAAUAAACUUCGAAGCUCGAUUCAAAUACCCAACUCAAUAAGCUCAAGAAGUAUUAAAGAUGGGCUAAGACAGGAUAAUGAGGUUUUGACUCUGAGACUACCUACUUUUACCAGUCGAACUUCAAUGAUCAAGUCCUCUCCUAGUUUACGAGCUUUGGAGAGUAUCCUUAAUGAAAAGAGUAAGAAUUGGACGCCUGGUACAAUUGCUGAACAGGUUACCGAAGAGGAAGAGGAAGAGGAAGAGGACGAAGAAAAGAAUGAUGGGGAGGAGCAAUCCCUAGAUGAUGAUGAGAAUGCACUGAAUCAACUAGAUGCUUUGGAUAUACGGAAUAAAUAUAGUCCACAGAGGAAAGCAGCACCUGUUAGCUUCAAGAAUCCCAAUGAAACCCUGGAAACUGUGAAUUCAAUGCAAACUUUUGAGACUGCAGAUGAAGCAAUUGAAUAUGAUAACGGAAUUACCAACAGGUCGAGCAAUAAACGGGCUUCGAAAACUUCACAUAUGACCAAGUCGUCAAUCUCAACAAUCAGUGGGAGUGGAUAUAGCACUGAUGACACACCCAUCUUGGGACAGCCACCCACGUUUCAAAAUUUCACGCAACACAAUGUUGAGUCUCCACAAUUAAAGGUCAUUGAAACCGGCGUGCAGCAAAGACUGGGAUCAAAAGACGAUACACUCAUAAAUGAUACUACAGAGUCACCAACGAACGAUAUCAGCGAAGAAACUGUGAGUGUCGAUUUACCACAGUUCACGCCUCAUAAUUCUUCGCAUUAUGCCGCGAAGGAGAGGAACGAAAAAACCCAGAAUAAAUUUAAAUCCAAUUUUAGUAACACAACAAAUAAUUCAAAUUUAGACACAAGGGAUAAAAAAUUAGACAAUCUCUCCUCAAAUUCACAAGCAACCGUUGAAACCCUAUCCAUUCAGAGUGGUGGAAGACCAAAAAAACAUCAACACCAUCAUCACGAAUUCAAUACUCGGACAAGCCAAAAUUUCAAGAAGAGCGCGUUUGCACCAUUAUCAAAGCCGGCAAUUCCAGCACAAAAUAAUAAUCCGGAAAAGAAAUUUUCAGCACCACGUUACGACGACACAAUAAUAAAUCUGGGAACAAAAUCUUCAACAUCUGAGCCACAGGAUUUCGACCCUGAUAUGAAUUAUGAACCGUAUAAGAAGAGCAAAUUGAAUUCAAAGAAGUCAAACAAGGGAGAUAGCAAACCAACGAGCAUGUUGUCUGUUUUAACUCCGAACCAAGAAAAUUUACAAAAGGGGGGAGGAAAGAAAAGUAACAUAUCCAACGAAGAAGCCGCUCCAUCUAAAAACAAAGCUCAAUCACCAAUGCCUACGACACCUCAGAGAUCUCCUCACUUGAGGUCGAAUUCUUCAUUUUCGUUGAAUUUCGCAAAGAAAUCAUCACGCGAUGAAGGUAAACCACAACUACUGCACAAAAGAAGCUCAACAAUGGAUGAUUUGAACAAGGCUUCCCGUUCCAACAUGCGUGUAAACGAUGCACCAACUGAAAAGAAGAAGUUUAGCUUUAGAACACUAUUCAAGUCAAAGUCUAAAAGUCAUGAGUUGAACAAGUCACUGGAACCAAUUGAUACACGUGCACAACAAGUGACCGGAAAGUCAUAUUCAACAACCAAUAUUCCGUUACAUCGUCUGGAGGAUUCACCAACUACUAAGCAUCAGAAUAGGACCGACUUGCUGCUUCCACCUUUGACAAAAACUAAAUCCAAUAUAUCGAUUAUGAGUGUGUUUAAAAAGAACAAAUCAUCAGAUCAACUUUAUAGUAUGGGAAAGGCAAAAGAAUCCAAUACAGAAGAGCCAAAGGAAGAAGUUUCUGCAAAAGAGUCAGCCAAUGAGUCUUCUACUCCAAAAGAAAAACAUGUGGAUGAUUUUGAUGGCUCGCCAAUAUUACUUGACGAAAGAUUUACAACAAAACCACCAAGCAAGGCCGCUGCUACUCCUGGCUCGAUAAAUUUUAUCCGUGAAGUUAGUGACAAUAAUGUUGCAUUAACUACUGCUGAACGUUCUUCUGAAAGCAGUGACGUCGACCAAGAUGAGUUUGAAGAUGCCGACGAAGAUGUCCGCGAGCGAGACGAAGAUGCAGAAGAAGCUACCAAGAAGGAGCAGGAGGAAGAAGAAGAUGAAGAAGAAGAAGAAGAAGAUGAGGAUGAUGACGACAGACUAUCAUUUGAUCCGUCAGCUGAUGAGAAGUUUGACGUUUACGAUUCGAAGAAUUUACAGGCAAACCCUCCAGUGCAGAGAGUAUCGAAUCAUCAACAAGGUGAGGAAAUUCUGUUGAUUCCACCUUUGAUUCAAGAUACUCAAUUUGGCUCUCCAUUCAAGGUUGAUUAUGAAAGUUCACCUGAUAUUAAGCGACCAGCCCGAAUUCUGGAAACAGCGCCAUCAGCUUGCAAUUCUGCAUUUGCCAACACUGAUGAUGCCAAGCCCUUUUCAGCAUCAUUAUCACCAUCUGCUUCGCCGGUGCCAAAGAGAUACCCCAGUCGCAAGGAGGACAAGAAUUACCAGUUAUUGGGAGAAGCGUUAUUUCCAAGAUCGCUUAGUGCACAUGAAGUUGAAAGUAUUGUAUCGUUGGAGAGGUCAAGGUCUUUAAAGUCAAUCAAAUCAAACAAACGCAGUUCGUUUGUCAACUACGAUGGAAGCGAUGAUAACAUUGUGCACUACGAUGGUCCUACAUCGUCACCUCACAAUUCCGGCGGCAUUACCAGAUCAGGCUCUAUAUUGAAAAACUCAGCCAGCAAACCAAGUAAUUUGAGUAAAGAAAUUGAACCCAGUUCCAUUGAUGCAAAUAUAUUGGACGACGAUUAUGACGAGGAGGCAGUUCCAAAUUCAAGCUCUGUAUAUUCACAGCCUUCUGGAGCCUCAUUUAUUAAGUCGCAAUUUCAAUCUUCGCCACGCUCUGAUGACCAAUGUUUACAAUUUAAUUUGACAGAGGGGUCCGAUCUACACGAGUUUAUGGAGUUCAGUGAUUUUAUCGAUGUUGAUAAUUUGACUUUCAACUACUCGCCCUCAGCUGUGACAGGCUCUGCAUCAGCUAGUCCACGACCUGACAUCAAUGAGCCAAAGUUUGACGUUAAUGAGCGAAUAAGAGCAGAGGCUACUACUGACACUGAGAAGGGACAAUUGAGUAGUAAAGAGAAAAUGGUUGACCCUCCUGAUAUUCGCUUCGAUGAUGACGAUGGAGAAGAAGCAGAACAGAAUGGCGCAGUUCUUUCGCAACUUCGUUCUCCACCUACAUUACGAAUUGAUACGGUUGAUUUUCCUAAUAGUACAGCAAGUCAUAACUCGCCAGUCCCACUCAUAGUUGAAUCAAGGACGCCAUCUCCAUCUCCGCUUUCGAUGAACACUACCGAAUCACCCAAAACAAGCGUUGAAGUUGUUGAUGGAUUUGAGAAGCUUGGUGGCAAAGUCAAUCGUGAUACAUUGGCAGCUAAUGAUGACACAACUUUGGAUGAUAGUGAGAACGAUCGUGACUAUGGCAACACAGUGGUAGACUCUGAUCAACAUCUAAAAGAAGUCAACCCCCAAUGUUCUAAUAAUGUUGCAGAGGAGAGGGAUAGUGAUGACAACGCCACUGAAGUGAUUUCGAACUCACCUAUAUUGGACAGUGCAUACAGAACCACCAAAAAGAGCAAAUCUAGCAAUAACAAUCGACCUAUAUCCAUGUCAUUUAAAGGGUUAAAUAAACCUUCAUUUUCGGGUAAGAUUGCUCAACAUGAUUUGAGAAGCAGUGAUUCUCAUCAGUCUUUUACCAUUUCAUUCAAUGAUGAUCUGUCAUCCGUUGGUGGUGGCUUUGGAACCAGCAGCGAUGACGAAGAGGAAGAAGACGAUGAAGAAGAGGUGCAAGAAGACAUGGGGCAAGUGCCUACGAUUCGUGGAGAUGAAGGGUUGAGUUUGAUUAAUAAUCAGCCAAAUCAAGAGUAUAGUGAAUAUGAGAAGGAGAACCUAGUGCCUACCUCAAAAGAAGCACAAGUUGGAGUGAAUUCAAGAAAACAACAACAGCAGCAACAGCAACGCAAUACCCAACCAGACUCUUAUGAGUACAAUGACCAAAGUCAGAACAAAACUCCACCAUCAAAAUCAAGAUCCGUAUUUGGUAAGGAGAGCAAUUAUCAAAACAACUCUGUUGAGUCAUCAAAUGGUUCAUAUUCACCAGAUUUCAGGAUACCGUUGCCACCACCACCAUUUGGUACUAAAUUUAGUCAUAACAAGAUCCCGUCCAUAUCUGAUCAAUCAUCUACUAGUUCAUCACCUAGAUCAUUCACAUCAAUGUUGAGCAGGUGGAAGAGGAGCAACAACAGCAACAACAACAACAACAACAACAACAACAACAACACUAGCAAUGGCAACCAUGGUAGUGUAAAUAUAUUGGCACCACGUGUUGCACCUCCGCCUCCAGUCCCUACAAAACAAUCUGGAGUUCGAUUCAGUUCGCGAAUCAUUUUGUAUGACACAUAUAAUGAUGAAGAGUAUGAUCGACAUCCAGAUACUGCCACAUGUAAUCAAUUGACCCCAUUGUUGGCACAACAAAUCAAAGAGGAGAUGAAUAUGAUUAAGAGUGAAAUGGAAGUUCAUGUCGAGAGUCGUUGUUAUACUCAGUUUUUUUAA